CAAACAAAUACUAGAAACAAGGGAACAAUAAUGCCUUUUUUUAGAUUUGUUUAUUUAUUUAUAUAUAAAAAACAUGCCCGUAAUAAUGUAGUAGACGACGACGUAGCCGGUCAAAUGCUACCGUCUUGAUGUUGCCAUUGCCUCCUGUCACUUAGCCUCAACGCCGCCCUUUCGUCACUCAAUUCGCCAAUUCAACAGUCCGCCUUCAGAUCAAAUUCAGGGUUUUUAUCGACAGCUCGCGCAAUUUCACUUUUCUUCUUUGUCAAUGGCAUCUUCUUCAGACCCAUGGGUAAAAGAAUAUAACGAAGCAGUAAAAAUUGCAGAUGAUAUCAAUGGCAUGAUAUCUGAAAGGAGUUCCUUGCCUGCAUCGGGACCGGAAACUCAGCGUCAUGCAUCCGCUAUAAGAAGGAAGAUUACGAUUUUAGGGACUAGACUUGAUGGAUUGCAGUCCCUUUUGUCUAGACCUACUGGGAAGCCCUUAACCGAGAAGGAGAUGAAUCGUCGCAAGGACAUGGUUGCAAAUUUGAGAUCAAAAGCGAAUCAGAUGGCUUCUGCAUUCAACAUGUCAAAUUUUGCUAACAGAGAUAGCUUACUGGGGCCAGAAAUUAAGCCAGAUGCCAUGAGUAGAACAGUUGGUUUGGAUAACUCUGGCCUUGUUGGUCUUCAACGACAAAUAAUGAAAGAGCAAGAUGAGGGUCUUGAGAAGUUGGAGGAGACAGUAAUAAGUACAAAGCAUAUUGCAUUGGCGGUUAAUGAAGAACUUGAUUUGCAUACCAGACUCAUUGAUGACCUGGACCAACAUGUGGAUGUCACUGACUCUCGCCUACGGAGAGUGCAGAAAAACCUGGCAAUUUUGAACAAGCGUACCAAAGGUGGUUGUUCCUGUAUGUGCAUGCUUUUGGCGGUUAUUGGGAUUGUGGUUCUGGUUGUCGCCAUAUACCUACUGAUCAAAUACUUGUAAUACCAACAACAACAACAACAACAAAAACAACAAGCUCGACCUUCUUGUUUGUGUGUGUUGUCGUGUGUGGAAUUGGUUUUCAAUUAUUACUUCCAUGUUGGAAACUUCUUAUUUGGGU